AUGGCAGAUCAACUACCUGAAGGUGCAACUAUUGUUCUGAUCAUUGCUGCCUCUGACAAAACCCCAGUUACAAGACACACAGGUGGCAUCAAGAUGCAUCCACUAUUUCUAACUAUUGGAAAUAUCCAGGCUGACGUCCUCAUGAAGGCAACAUUGCAUGCAUGGCGAUGUACUGCGUUCAUGCCAACACCAACUUUCAUUGUCGGCUCUGAAUUUCAAAGUCUACUCCAGGCGCGUCUGUGGCACAAGUGCAUGGAUCUUGUAUGCUCUAAUUUGAAGGUUGCAGCUCAUGUUGGCGAGUAUAUGGUCAAUACCUCAGCCAGAUUGCAAUACUGUUUCACCCCUCUUAUCAGCCACAUCGCCAAUCUCCCUGAACAAUUUAUGAUCUCAUGCAUCACAAAAAACUCAAGUGCUCUUAUAUAUCCAGCACUUUGA